AUUGAAGAGAGGUGACAAGCAGGAGCGAGCUAAAUUGAAAUAGUGGAAUGAUUUGAAUUGAGAGUAGUAUAAGAGAAUCUGCAAGAUGGCUGAGUUUUUUCCUAUAUAAAUUGGCAUUUCCAUACGAGUUGACCGCUACAGUAAAGCAGAACAUUUCAAAGCGCCCCGAAAUAACCUCUUUUAGUCUCCCUGUUUCUAUAUUGUAGUAGAAUCAGUAGAAUUCAAAAUGUCAGCAGUGGGCAGAGUUUUAUCUCGUGAACUCCGAAAAACUUUACACGUUUUUAAAUCGUAUGCAACGAAGGAGAGCCGAAGUUUGGUGACUACAAGUACGAAUGUAGAGGCAGUCAGCAAUGCCACUGUGCAGAAGAGUCGAAAAGAACUUGUGGAGGAUCUUAAAUCACAAAGUUCUGAAGAUUUUGUACCUCCGGAGUACAGAUUUAUGUAUCCCGAAUUUUUACCUGAUCCUAAACCUGAGUUUAGAAAUCGACUAAGAGAAAAACUAGAGCGAAUGGACAUGAUGGCAAGAAGAGCUAUUGUAGACAUACCAGAAUUUUAUGUCGGUUCCAUUGUCGCAGUAACUUACUGCGAACCUCAUGCACCUGGAAAAACCAACAGAUUUCUAGGAAUAUGCAUUGAAAGAACGGGUUGUGGUUUGAGGGCCAAGUUUGUCCUGAGAAAUGUUAUUGAUCAUCAGGGUAUUGAUGUUAUCUUCGAAGUCUAUGAUCCUAAUAUACAAAAAAUUGAUUGCAUCAGGCUCGAGAAACGUUUGGACGACCGUUUGGCAUAUUUGCGUGACGCGCCACCGGAAUAUAGCACAUUCCCACUGAACAUGGAGCCAGAGUUGUUGCCAGAAGGAAGUCCUGUUCCAGUGAAUGAUCUCAAAGUUCCAUUGAAACCAAAACCCUGGAUAGAGAAAUGGGAACGUCAAAAUUUAAAGGGUGUAAAAGAUAUGUGGGUGAAUAGGAAGAGAUAUAAGAAAGCUCUGGCAGCCGAAAGACCUUGGGAAAAGUACGAUCUUAUGAAAAUCUACAGAGAAACUAUUCCGGAGGAAGAGCAGAAAGAAAUCUAUGCUGAGCUUCAUUCGGAAUUGCAUAGUCUUGAAAUAUCUCGUCGUAAAUUGAAACGCAAACGUUCUUUCGUAAGGCCAAAGAAAACGGCUUGAAUCGUGUUUCGUUUGUGAGAAUCUACUGAGCAAGCAUCAUCCCAAGGGCUUAGAAAUAUUUAGUUGUCAAUGAAAAAAAUAACGCCAAUGUUACUUUUUGAAGUGUACGAAAAUUUAUCAAAUAAAUCAUUCUCUGAAAUA